ACUAUAUACAGUAGCUCAAUUGUAAGAUACCUGUAAAUUGGAUUUAUUUUGACUUAGUUGCUAUAGCCCACAAUUUCGGGACAACUAACUCCAAGGAAUUUAUUCACCUGUCCCUUCUUUAGAACUGCACUGUGCUCUGGCUUUCCAGAGGGCAAGGGUCGCCUGGGCCCUGCCGCUGGAGUUCUAGGCCAGGAUCACUUUUUUACUUGCGUUAUCAGAGGCAGAGCGGCCAGCUGGACAAACUCUGCAGAAGGCUCCUGAUAGGGAAACCCGUGGGCGCCAAUCUAGGAGACCAAACCGAUCUGCGGCGGUCUACCAACCCAAUCGCAUCUGCGUGUCUUUUCUCCUUCAGGGUCCCUCCCGGAGCCCAGGGAGCAAAGCGGGGUCGAGAGGGAGCACCUGAAGCAGCGCAACAGGCAGGUCCCGACCCGCCGGAGAUCACGCGGCGAGUCUGUGGCCCAAACCGCCCGCCGCCUCCGAGUAGUCGCCGGAUUGCCGCCCCACAGGGAGCCACUCGGCCCAAGGACUAACCCAGCCCCGGCACUCUCGCUCAGGAGAGGCUCUGCAGGCCGGCAUUCAGGCUGGCGAGCUCGCCCACGCAUCUCAGCCCAAGCAGUGGUCGUCUGGCUUGCGAAGAUGUCGGCCAAGCCCGCUGUCGGCUUCGUGAACGAGGCUUCUCGGCAGAUCCUGGCCGGUGGUUCCGCUGGUCUUGUAGAAAUUUGCCUGAUGCACCCUCUCGAUGUGGUGAAAACCAGGUUCCAGAUUCAGAGAUGUGCAACUGAUCCAAACAGUUACAAAAGCUUAGGAGACAGCUUUCGAAUGAUUUUCCGCACAGAAGGGUUGUUCGGUUUUUACAAGGGAAUUCUGCCACCCAUCUUGGCUGAAACACCAAAAAGAGCAGUGAAGUUUUUCACCUUUGAGCAGUACAAGAAAUUGCUAGGAUAUGUGUCACUGUCACCAGCAUUGACCUUUGCCAUUGCUGGAUUGGGAUCUGGACUAACAGAAGCCAUUGUGGUCAACCCUUUUGAGGUAGUAAAAGUUGGCUUGCAAGCCAAUCGGAACAAAUUUACAGAGCAACCAUCCACCAUGAGUUAUGCAAGACACAUCAUUAAGAAGGAAGGCUUGGGACUCCAGGGCCUCAACAAAGGAUUUACAGCAACUUUGGGACGUCACGGAGUUUUCAACAUGGUUUAUUUCGGCUUCUACUACAAUGUCAAAAACAUUAUUCCUGUCAAUAAGGAUCCAACCUUGGAGUUUCUGAGAAAAUUUGGGGUUGGUCUUCUCUCGGGCACAAUAGCCUCAGUCAUUAACAUCCCUUUUGAUGUUGCCAAAAGUAGGAUUCAAGGGCCUCAGCCAGUUCCUGGAGAGAUCAAGUACAGAACCUGUUUUAAAACAAUGGCCACGGUCUAUCAGGAAGAAGGCAUUUUAGCUUUGUAUAAAGGCCUGCUUCCCAAGAUUAUGAGGCUUGGACCAGGUGGUGCAGUGAUGCUGCUGGUUUAUGAAUACACCUAUUCAUGGCUUCAGGAGAACUGGUGAUUGCCUACAGAGUAUUUUUCCCCCUUGUGAUAAUAGAUAUUCAUUAUACAGCACCAUGAGAAGAAGAGAAUAUCGAUCAGCUGAGCCGAUACAAUGAAAAAUUAUAAUUAUACAAUUAUAUACAAUUAUAGAGGGUAAAACAGUUUGUUGAAGAACAAAACCUAUUUUGAUACUUCAAAAAUUAUCUCUAGACAAUUUGAAACUGUCGUUUUGGUCAUAUCCAUAAAACUGUGAGAAGAAAAAUACUACUAUGAAGCAAUGAGGUAUAUAAACUGAAUAUAGAAAAACAGCAUGAAAUCAGAUCUACUUCAUAAAAGCAAUAUAAAUUUUAUGACCUAUGUUCCUCUUACACGGCUUCACAAGGAAAAUUCAUUGUGUUGAUGAUUAUUUUCUCCCAAAAGGUCAAGAAGUGCUAAAAAGUGAAAAAAAGUUAAGCCAAAAUUUAAAGUUUUUAUAAGGAAUUAAAUUCUUCCAUAAAUAGUGUUUAAUCAUAUACAAGGAAAAUAUUUCUAAAGUGUAUUAAAAUGACCUUUUAAAAUUUUAUGUUAAAAUGUGACUUUGUUGGUUUCUUUUAGUAAUAAUAUUCAUCUCAGCUAUAUUUUCCUAAAUCUACUUUAUAUUAUUUGCACUGUUGGUUAAUAUUUUAAAAUCAUGAUAUUUGAAGUCUUUUAUGACAAAUAUAAGACAUGAAAUUAUAUUAAACUACUUUCCCUUUGAAAACAAGUUUUAAUGCUGAAAUAUUUUCAUGCUAAAUCACAAAUUCGAACCACUCCUUGGGCCCGUUUGUGCUAUCUGUAUUUGCAUCAAAUACCUUUGUUCAGAACUCUUACCUAUGCCAUUCUUAAAAAUGAUGUUUAGAAUAAAACUACAUUUCUAGGUUAUCAGUUUUAAGUGACAGUUUCAGGUGUGAAGUCAACUAACUGCAGUGUUAAAAUCUGUAUUAUGAAGGGGAAAAUGUUUCAAAGGAGAAGUACAUUCUUAGCAUUUCCAAAGAUUCCUGUACUAACAUGCACUCCAAAAAUUAUCUCCUUGGCGUUGAUAUAACCAAACUUAAUUUUAUAUCCGCAUCCUGAAAUGAUCCUACUUCAGUAGCUAGAGGCAACAAAAGUAUCUGCACGUUCGAGAUGGCACCUGUUCUUAACUACUACAAGGUAUUUCUACCAUAAAGCUG